GUCGUCAUAUUCGUAUUCCGUACGAUAUGGGCUUUGUGCACUGCCGUUGCAGCUUUGCACCUUUGGCAUAUUCGGUGCCAAUCUGAGCGGUUGAUUUAUGCCUACCUCGGCGGAUCUUUGUGCAUCUCUGUGGCUAUGGCAAUCGUGGCUGUCGCUGUUGUGCGUGUAUCUGCUAAAGGCUGCAUUAUGGAGCGACAGAAGCGCGCUCCAUUAAACGGCUUGCUGCAUGUUCUCGUGGCAUUGAAUAUUUUAGAGGUCGCCUGGACUACUUUCGGAAUUUACGCACUGAUAGGCAGGUUUUUCAACCUGUGCAACCUCUCUGAGGGGCAGUUGGCACCCGGGCUUAUUAUUUCUGGAAACAUUGUUAUUGCAAUCAUUUAUGGCCUGUUAGUUCUGUUCACUGUCAUGUGCUGGCAUGAUCGCACCUCGCAUAUAGUGGAGCUACAGGAGGGUGAGGAGUACCAUGCUACUCGCCACAGAACAAUCUCUAGGAUUAUAACGCAGUUGUGUUGUUGCACUUCUGUGGGGAAGAGUAGCGGCAGCAGUGUGGACCCGUACGAGGAAGUCAGUGCCCUACUAAUCAGCCUGCUGUCAGAAGAGAUAGCCGACAUAGCGCCAAGUGAUAUUGUGGCUGCCUUGAUCUUGCUGAGACGGGAUCAUGCAUUGCAAUACGAUGAAGUGGACAUGCCAGGAGAAGAUGUGGUAGACAUAAACGAUCACGCUUCGGUCCACGAUAUCUUGGAAGCCGGGUACUACGUCAAGUAUGCCGUUGCGUCGUACGGAUGGCCUGUGUAUUUGUAUACGCAUCUGUCCUCGGGGCUAUGUAGCCUGCUGAAUUACACGUCGAAGGCUUUCUGUGGCUGUUGCAAAAGAGAAAGUAAGUGUCGUUGA